AACACGAGUUAAAGCCUCCCUCCCCGUGACAAACAACACGAUAGAUUCGAAGAGCUUUCGACACUCUGCUUUUGAGAGAGACCGCGACGCUACACGGAGCGAGCUGCAAGCUACUCGUGUCGGGAUCGUAAAGCCAUAAAAGCCGUCCGGCACCUUCUACCCCUCCAGAGCUUCACCGAGAGCAGAUCUCCCUCCUCAUUCAUUCCUCAUAUACGCUCCCUACUCUUCAAUUGCCGUCGCCCCUCCUCGCCCCCGUCUAUUGACCGCUCCGCUCCGCCACAAUGGCUUCUUCCGGCGCACCUCACACCCUGAAAUGGGGCAUCAUGGCCACCGGCUGGAUCGCCGAGGUUUUCUGCAAGGACCUCCUCACCGAUCCUGCCUCGCGCGACGUCCACGAUGUCCGCCAUGAAAUCGUCGCCGUCUCCUCCUCCAGCUCCGUCGACAAGGCCGCCGCCUUCGUCACCAAGAUUGACGGUCCGGCAUCGGCCAAGCUGUACGGCUCCUACGCCGGGCUUGUCGCCGACCCAAACGUCGACAUCAUCUACGUCGCCACCCCCCACAGCCACCACUUCCAGAACGCCAUGCUGGCCCUCGACGCCGGCAAGAACGUCCUCUGCGAAAAGGCCCUCACCGUCAAUGCCUCCCAGGCGCGGAAGCUGGUCGAAAAGGCCAGAUCCAAGAACCUCUUCUUCAUGGAGGCGGUCUGGACCCGCUACUUCCCCCUCAGCAUCAAGAUUCGUGACUUGAUCAGCUCGGGCGAGAUUGGUACCGUCUACAGGACCCUAGCCGAUCUGUCUUUCAACGAAAAUAAGGAUGGCCAAGACGGCACGGUGAACUUUCCUGACACGCAUCGCAUGGUCAACAAGGACCUCGCCGGAGGCGCUCUUCUGGAUCUCGGCAUCUACGCCCUGACUUGGGUGUUUCAGACCCUUUACCACGUCCAGCCGGAGAAGGACAAGGAGGCUCCCAAGGUCGUCGCUGCCAUCAACAAGUACAAGACCGGCGCCGACGAGACCACUAGCAUCAUCUGCCAGUUCCCCGGCCACAGGAGCAUGGGCGUCGCCACCACCUCCAUCCUCGUCGCCAGCAGCCCCGACGACAACUCCACAGCUCCGGCAAUCCGAAUCCAAGGCUCCAAGGGCGAGAUCCAAGUCACGCACCCCGCCUUCCGGCCGACCGAGUUCCGCGUCAUCAAGAAGGGCAGGGAGGGUAAGGUCGACGUCGUCGAAUGCCCCAUCCCCAAGGACCCCAAGCGGGACUGGGGUCACGGCAUGUUCUGGGAGGCCGACGAGUGCGCCCGUUGCGUGAGGGAUGGCAAGAAGGAGAGCGCGACAUUGCCGUGGUCUGAGAGCAUUGUCAUCAUGGAGACAAUGGAGGAGGUGUUGAAGCAGGGAAGUGUCGAGUACCCGGAGCUCAUCACGACAGACGUGUACGACGCCAAGAGCCCACUCAACACCGGAAAUCAGUAAAGAGCCAGUACAUUGCACAAACCUGGAAGAGAGGAACGGGAUGAGUAUGGAUCCGGUAGAGAGGCGGCGCAUGAACGUCACCUUGUUGCAUUCAAUACUUUUAUACAUAGCACAUACCGUCUUUGGCCUGAAGACGCAAUGGGCAAAUUCAGAAGCAGUCGUCGUCCCACCCUGUAUAAUAUACGUUAUGUACUUAAUAUGCAUAAGCCCCGAAAGACUUUCAUUUCGGCGGAUCGGAG